AUGCCGCCGCCGCCACCACCCGCGCCGCCCAGCCAAGAGGGGAAUGUGGAGCAUGCACAUAUGCUGGCGAAUGUGUGGAUGAACGCGCAAAAGCUUGCCGAUAUGGUCAAGCAGGAGGGCCUGGUCUACAAGAAAGGGAAGUUCUCGGUCAUCGAGGAAGCUCAGCUAAACGCAGCAAUUGAGCACUAUCGAGUGGCGAAAGGCCUCACACAAGAUCAGUUGAACGAUCUCAUCUUCUCCAAGGAGCGCGGUCGAGACACGUUUUGGCAGGAGAUCACAUCUGCGUUGCAUUUGCGUCCCAUUAUCGCUGUGUACCACCACGUACGCCGGAACCGCCACCCUCUCAGUCAACAAGGCAAAUGGAUGGAGACAGAGGACGAACUUCUAACACAGGCUGUGGCUGAUCUCGGUCAGCAGUGGGAGCGAGUCAGUCAACGAGUUGGCCGUAUGGCGGGUGACUGCCGUGAUCGCUGGCGCAACCACCUCGAAGACCGUGGCAGGCGUAAAGCGGGCUCAUGGUCAAAAGCAGAGGAGGAGGAACUGACGCAGAUCGUCACGGAGAUGACCGUCGAGCAGGGCAGAGACUUCGACAGCGAAGUGUUCUGGGGCGUCGUGAGUCAGAGAAUGGGGGGCAAACGUGGAAGGCAGCAGUGUAGGAUCAAGUGGACGGACACGCUGAGCUCGCAGAUCAAGAACUCAGGAGAGCGGCCGAGGUGGAGCCAACUGGACGCCUACAUCCUUGUACACAAGGUUGACUCGUUGAACGUUCGAGACGACACAGAAAUCGACUGGAAGUUGCUUCCGGACGAGAAUUGGAAUGUCUGGAGUGCCCAUGCGCUGCAGAGGCGUUGGCUCACGAUGAAGCGGAGCAUCAAGGGUCAUGAAGAGAUGUCGCACGCAGGCUGGUCCUUAUUGACAGAGAUGAUGGAGAUUCUAAAGACUAAAAAGUCUCAUGUACCGGGCUCCUCCACUAGCCGGAAGAAGAAGAGCAAAGUUACUAGUGCCGAAGCAGUCGUGGAGGUGGAUGAUGUAGAGGGAAACAUGGGUCCAGUUGCAGGACCUAGUACUGGCAUCGCGAUCAAUGGCGUCGUAUGAACGAUUUUGUGCUCAAUCUAAUCUAUUCAAUAAUGUAGAAUCAAGGAAGUACGUUUGUUUGAGUGUCAUGAUCCCUUCAGUAUCUAAGUAGUCUUGUAGUGACCACUGUCACUGCCCAUGCCAGUGGUAUUACUAUGAUGAUGAUGAUGAACUCUAUGUAUGUACGAGGUAGUGUAGUAUGCGUAUGUAGUAAUGGGGAGGUGACGAUAAUUUCUAGGGGGCGAGUCGUUCAGCGGGCGCAUCUAUGUGCGGCUACAGACCAUAAAGCAUGUGCAGU